GCAGGUUAUACUUUACUCUGUGCAAAGGAAAAGCAACUGCCUAUAAAAAAAACAGAGUUCAGCCCCAGAACUCAUUCGCCUGGAUAACGUGAACCGUGGCACCUCUCAGCUCUGCAGAGACGGAUGAUGUCCACCGAGGGAAGGGCCAUAAGGUGCAGGGCGGCGGUUGCCUGGGAGCCAGGGAAACCCUUGGUGAUUGAGGAGGUUGAGGUUGCCCCACCUGAAGCCAGAGAAGUCCGUGUCAAGAUCGUGGCGACCUCACCAUGCCGCUCAGACCUGACCUUUCGCAGUCACGACCUCAGCAACUUUCCCAUGGUUCUUGGCCACGAAGCAUCAGCCAUCAUUGAGAGUGUCGGGCCAGGGGUCACCGAAUUUCAGCCGGGAGACAAGGUGAUGCCCAUAUCAAUGGCGCAGUGCCGAGAAUGUCACCUCUGUCUAAAUCCAAAAGGCAACCUGUGCGUAAAGUCAUGGAACCGUCAACCUGCGCAACAUUCAAGGAUCACCUGCAGGGGCAAGACUUUACAGCAACAUUGGGGGCUGGGUACUUUUUCGGAGUAUAGCGUGAUGUUUGACCACUCUGUUGGAAAGAUCAACCCCGCUGCUCCCCUUUAUGAAGUCUGUCCCAUCAGCUGUGGCAUCACCACAGGUUUUGGAGCAGUGGUUAAUGCGGCCAAGGUGGAGCCAGGCUCAACAUGUGCAGUGUUUGGUCUGGGAACCGUGGGACUGGCUGCGGUUAUGGGUUGCCAGGUCGCUGGAGCCAAGAGGGUUAUUGCGGUCGACAUAAACCCGGGGAAGUUCAAGACUGCCGAAAUCCUUGGAGCCACCGAUUUCCUCAAUCCAAACGACUACGACAAACCCAUCGAUUCCGUGAUAAGAGACAUGACCGACGUGGGCGUGGACUACUCGCUGGAAGCUUCCGGGAAUGUAGAUCUUAUGGACAUUGCGUUCAAGUCAACCUCGCGGGUGUGCGGAGUCUGUGUGAUCAUGGGCUGGUCUGACCAGUGGAUGAAGCCAUUGAAACCAGUAGAUCUGAUUUGCAAUCGAACACUGAGGGGCUCUGCAGUCGGAGGCUACAAGGGGAAAGAUGGCAUAGCCUUCAUGGUAGACGCCUACAUGGAGGGGAAGAUUAAGGUGGACAAGUUCAUCACUCACCACAUGAAUUUGGAGGAGAUCAAUGAGGCCAUUGAGCUGCUGAAGCACGGCAAAAGCAUCCGGACAGUCGUGACUUGCUCAGUGUCCAGCUAGAAAGGCUGUAUACCUCCGCGCCUUUGUUUUCCCGUGAGAAUGACUGCCAAGAAUCCAACAAGUUAUAUCCAAGAAAUGUAUUCCCUGACAGAGGAGUCUAAUACAAAAGCAGAAUUCUGGGUCAGCAACUACGGCUGACUUAGCCUUAGCAGUAGUCCGCUAGAGUGACAAAAAAACAGUUUAUACACAAAAGUUUCUCUACGUGCGCUCCGUCCUCGUCCAAUUGGUCCUCAGCUGUUGACGCCAGUCCUGGUUGCUGGCUCCCUCGUAACCAUGGCAACGACCACACGGCCUGUUCCGGACCCAGGUGGCUCUUAUCAGGACCAGGUCCUUCCAGCUCUAGAGAAGAUGGUACUUCCCAGCCUCCUCCGUCUGACCUUGGCCCCUCCAAUGUUUGUUCCUCCAGUGUGGUUCACUCCCGUCUUUGAGCUCCACCUGCAACUUCACUUCUCACACACACUCAGCCACACUCCCUCAUCCAGCAUUCCUGCUUCUGUAAAUAACUGCUUGAUUAGUAGCACAAACAAUGAAUAAUAUUAACACUGUGUAAUAAAUGCACUAUUCCCAUUAAUACACAUCUGGAGUUGAUGGAUUCACGGAAUGAACGGAUCACGACAGCAAGUGCUUAUUAAAGCUUUUAACCUUUAUAAUAAUAAUAACAAUAACACUGCCUCA